AUGAGUGCUAUCAGGAACAGCUUAGUUUUACUUGUUUUGGCAUUAGCCAUGAGCCCUUCAUGGCUUAUUAUUUCUGCCAAUGGAAAUGUGCUUCCUUUAUUCAUCAAAUGGCAUGUAUACAUCGUAAAUGGAUUGAGCAACAACAUGACAUUGUUCAUCCAUUGCCAAUCUUCAGACAAUGAUAUGGGCAACCACAAUUUGUCUCCUGCAGCUAAUUUCUCUUGGAGUUUCAGAACAAACUUCUUCCAUUCUACGGUUUUUUCAUGCUACAUACGCAAGGACGAUGCUCAAGCCACCUUUAAAGUGUUUUGGCAAGAUCCAGUUCUAUUUGAGCGUUGCAAGUGGAAGAAUUGCAUUUGGAUUGCCAAAGAAGAUGGAAUAUAUAUAAGAGAUUUUCAGAAUGAGCAGGAUGAGUUUCGAUAUCAAUGGGAAGCACUAGCAGGUUGUUAA